AUGUCGUCCUCAGCAGCGCCUCUUCCUCUUACCCCUCUAGACAACCCACCCACAACCCUCCCAGAUCCUCACCACACUCAACCCGACAAUCCAACCAUCCCUGAUACCACCACCACCGCCACCACCACCACCACCAACGAUGCUCCCCAUUCAGACCUCAUAACCCGCCGCAUCACCCACCUCCAAACCCUCCUCUCCUCCCUACACGCCUACCACGCCUACCGCGAAACUCUCCCCGCCAUAAUCGACGCCUACAAAUCCGGAAAGCUAACCAUAGAGAAAGGGCAACUGACUUUCUGGGCUCGAAGUUGUCAACUCGGGCCAGCAAGAAAGUUUGACAUCCCAACGACGGAGGAUGAAAGAUUAAAGCUACAGGUGAAGGUUAUGGGGAUGUUGGAUGAGGUGCUCAAGGUGCAGGAUCGGGGGGAUUUGUUGUGGAUUGAGAAUCCGUUGCCAUCGGAUGAGUGGGUAUGA